UGACCUUUGAUUUUUAUAUCGAUAAUUGAGGUUUAACAAUGGCUACUGCAAUUAUCACGACUACUUCUCUUCUUCUUACUUGUUCAGCGCUUCUUCUGGGUUUUCUUCCAACAACUGCUCAUGCUAGACCCUUUCCAACAGAACAUUCAGUUGACAAGUUCAUGGAGAUGAUAAUACGGAAGAAUAUUUGGAUAAGUACUUCAACUGAAACCGCCAUGGAAAUAACCGGGAAUGAUGACGGUGAUGACAAAGGAAAGGUGGUUCCAUCGCCACCAGUGACAGCCUAUUCUCUUCCAUCUCAAAAGCUAGAAACACCAUGUGGUGUGGGAAGUACAUGCAAUGGUUUAAUUUCCAUGGUUACUAACUUCGGAAAGACCACAAAAUCACCGCCAUCUCCAAAUCCAGCACCAUCAAAACAUCAAGGAACGAUUGAGCAGCCGAUACACCAAAGUUCGUUGGCUCCAGAUUUUGAGUUUAAAUCCGUGGCUGCUGCACGAUCACCACCUAAUCCAGCACCCUCCAAAGGUCAAGGAAUAAUCGAGCAACCAAUACAACAAAGAUCUCAUGAUUUUCAACUGGCUUCAUUUUGAGUCUGAUUUCCGUAAAUUAACAUGUCUGUCACACUAGCUCUAGUCUGUACCCACGCAAGUGAGGUUCUCCAGUUCUUGUAUUUGUAGUACCCUUCACUUUAUAUGUAUCAAAACCUAGAAAUUAUAUAUUGAGGGUCCGAUAAGAUGAUAAGUUUGCACACAUAGUUUGGAUCAUAGACAUGGUACCAAGAGAAUUGAAACCCACACACGUCAAUACCACUAAAUUGGCAUUACAAAAACCCUAAUUUAGUCUAUGUACAAUAGGAAAGAUUUUGAGAAAUCUUUUUAGUCGGUUUGAUACAACUUUCAGUUUAUCUACUA